AUGCCUCCAAAACUUGACCCAACAUUCGAUCUGCCAGCUUAUCUCCGGGUUACUGGUGGUGAAGUUGGAGCAACUUCCGCAUUAGCUCCUAAAAUUGGUCCCCUCGGUCUGUCCCCGAAGAAAGUUGGGGAAGAUAUUGCGUCAGCCACGCAAGAGUGGAAGGGACUACGAAUUACAGUAAAAUUGACGAUUCAAAAUCGUCAGGCGCAGGUCAGUGUUAUUCCCACUGCGUCGUCCCUCGUAAUCCGAGCACUCAAGGAGCCUCCUCGGGACAAGAAGAAAGUGAAGAAUAUCAAACACAAUGGAAAUAUUUCCUUCGAUGAUGUUUUGGAGGUCGCCCGCAUCAUGCGACCAAGGAGUAUGGCUCGGGAGCUUUCCGGAACCGUUAAGGAAAUUCUUGGAACUGCACGUUCUGUAGGAUGCACGGUCGAUGGGGAGCCACCACAGACCAUUAUCGAACGGGUGGACAAAGGCGAGAUUGCUGUACCAUCUGCUUGA